UCUAGGGUAGUUAGGAAGCCUCUUUGUGUGAUUGGCGUGGCUGUGCGACCGUUCCCAAACCCAGACAUGGAGCCGCCUCGCUGCUUCAAGAAGCUGGAACUGGACGAGAAGAAGUGGUUGAAGAACUACACGGAGAAGGUUGUGGCUCACUUCAUCAAGGACAAGUUGCCGUUCAUGCCCCGGAAGGGCUGGAUUGAGCGGAAAGUGUUGACCAAGGAGCUUUGGCCCCCUGAGGCAAAGUUGAAGGACAUCGUGGAAAUCUUGAAUUGGGCUUCCCUUCGUGCUUAUGGUCAGAGGCAGCGUGUUUGGUCCGAAAGGAAAGGAAAAGACCACGAUGGAGCCGGGAUCAAAGAGAAGUUGGAGACGGAGGAUCGCGAGGCCCUUCUCACAACACCUUCCAAGUUGCCAUUCAAGGAGUUUGAAAGGCAUGUGGCGGUGGCCUUUGACCCCAAGAAGGAGCAGUUUCAACUUCGAAAGGGAGCCUGCGACGGAGCUUGGCCGACGCGCCUGUCAGCCAAAGAAUUUGCGAGGCUGUGCAAUGGCGCCUUUGAGGAAUGCGCGUAUGGCGCCCGCUUCUCGUCAGCCUUCAUUGCUCAGGGUGCGGACAUCAUCAUGUUGGCAGAUGAGCUCAAGGAAUCCCUGCGGCGCGAGAGUGCGAGCCUGUGUAGCCUGAUGAGCGACUUCGACAAGGCAAGCUCGCCCUUGAUUUCUUCAGAUCCUUCACAGGGCAGUCCGACGACCCCAGCACCAGCAGCCACAGCAGCUGCCGCAGCCACGGCUGGCCAGCGGUUGGCAGGCUUUGCGUGUGAGACAGCCUCGUUGCCAAGCGAUGCUUCAUCGAGCCGGCUUGAGCAGUCAGCUGAGCCACGUGCCAAGAGGCCACAGACUCCCCAGCUCAACGGUCAAGCGGCUCGUCAAGAACCCCGAAGUGAUGAAGCUGAACAGGAGGCGGUGCCACAGGGCCGUCCGCAGACAGCCACGCCUGCCGCAGCGGCCACGGAAGGGCAGCGCGUGGAAGAAACUGCUCAGCAAGAGACGGCACGCCGGUGGAGGGGGCGGAGCCGCUCUGUGUCCACCACUGAGACCGUCUCUUGGGGGACGCUCUCUGAUGGGGAUGCCUCUGUGGCUUGGGAGGCCGUGGGAGCGGCAAGGGGGGGCAUGGGUUGGCAUCGCAGCCGCCUCCGGAACAUGGACUUUGGCCCACAGAUUUACAUGCCAUCGAAAGUGGUGCAAAAGUGGCGUGGCCUGGCGCCGGAGGAGAGGAGUUUGACCAACUUCCCGAGGGCCAUCAAUGAGCCGGAAAUCAAGAACUACUUGCUUCACUCGGUUUGGCAUCGAGUUGAUCGCAACCUCCGGGAGGAAGAUGUUGAGGAGGAGACACCGGCGAUGUGGUGGUUCGGCAUUGACGGACCAAGGCAAGAGGUCUUCCUGCUGAUCCUCAACUCGAACAUGGUGUCUCGCCACGACUUCACGGCCCGCCUGCUGCUGGUACUGGUGCCCAACAACCGGAUGGGAGGCUCACCCUCCAACCCCAACCAGCUGCUGUUUGCACACUUGUUCCCUUCCUCGAACCUUUGCAGUGAGCCCAGGAUGUCCUCCAUGCUGAGAAAUAGCCUGCGCGAGCUGCUCCCAGACUUCGAUCUUUGUUGUCGUGAUGCCAUUUGCCGUCUUGAGGAGUCUGGGGUGCCGCUGGUGCCGGCGGCCUUCGAGACCAGCCGCAGGGAGGAUCUGACCUUUGAUCCCAGGGCCAGGGUCAAUGUCGUGGGCAUUGCCCAGCACAUUCGGCACGAAGCCCGCUCGCAUCGCAUCCCAGUGGAGUUCUCCCACCUAAGUGACGCUGACAUCAAUCAGCGAGUGCAGUGGGCGAUCACCCGGCUCAGGAAUUCGCCCCAUUGCGCCGUCCCCCAGUACUUUACCGACCGAAAUUGCGUGCGUGGCGGUUCCAUCAACUUCCUAGCGCCCCUCAGCUUGUCGGAGCCCGGAUCAGAUGAUGCCGCCGUGGCUUUGGUCCUGGUGCCGGAGCGCAGCCGAACUGGCGAAAGGUAUUACAACGCCAUGACGAUUCUCUCCCUGAUGGAGGCGCACUUGAAUGCCCUGGUGGUAAACCCCUUCAGCGGCCACUGGCUUCGCAUCCAGUUCUAAGAGCAAAGUGAGCAAGGGCCAAAGCCCUGUUGGAUUCGGCUGACCCCUUUCCUCAGAAAGGGGACACAGAGUUUGAGGAGAAUUCCCGUGCUCAUGGGCCACUGGGCCAUUUCGUGAAAAGCAGGCCAACUCGCCAACACAAGCCCGAAUCGGCUGCAAGAAUCCACCGGGGGUGAUGCCUAGUCAAAUUCAGUCAAGUCUUACGACUUGAGCCCAGUCUUUCGCCCAUCCUGUUGGCGCAAAGCUGAAAGGAUGAGGCGAUGCAGAGCCAUGGAUUUGCUGCAUGCAACUCAGCAGUGCAGGAGGCGCAUGAGAGCUUCCAGGUCUGCGAUGAGUCCAGGUUUGCGAUGUUGCGUAGGAGUGCGUGUUGUUUGUUGCGUGCG